AGGUCAUCUAAGGUCAAAAGUGACGUUAAACAGCUUCACUGAAAAAAUAUGCCAAAGAAAAGUGAAAAUUACAGACGUUGACCAUGAAUCUUCUUGAAUAUGAGCAACAAAUAUUUUUGGAUGCUUUCCAUGAAGAUGGAUUACUUGUCAUGGCAAAAGGUCUUGGAAUUGAGCGAAUUUUCUUAAGUUUCCUGAAAGUCUACUGUGAUCCUGCUAAUCUUGUGUUGGUUUUAAACACUACUAAUUUAGAGGAGGAUUUCUACAUAGAGCAGCUCGAAAGGGAGAAUGUUAGUCCUUUACCAAAAUCCAUCAACAAUGAAUUCAAUGCAAAUGAAAGACAGAAGUUGUACCUGCAGGGUGGAGUGUUGUUCUUGACCUCUCGUAUCCUUACUGUAGAUCUGCUGUGUGACCGUGUGCCUGUGGAGAACAUUACAGGAAUACUGGUGGCCAGGGGGCACAAAAUUGCUGAGUCAUGCCAGGAAGCGUUUAUCCUCCGACUCUUCAGGCAGAAAAACAAGACUGGUUUCAUAAAAUCAUUUUCCCACAAUGCCACAGGAUUCAUGACUGGUUUCAAUCAUGUGGAGCGAACAAUGAAGAGUCUGUACGUGCGUCGACUGUUCCUGUGGCCUCGAUUUCAAGCCAAUGUUCAAGAAGCAAUGGAUAAACACAAGAUCGAUGUAGUUGAGAUCCACGUUCCUCUCACAGACAGCAUGGUGGCCUGCCAGGCUGCACUACUGGACCUCAUCAACGCCUGCGUGAAGGAGCUCAAGAGAUACACCACCGCCAUUGACACAGAGGAAAUCACAGUUGAAAACGCAAUCUCAAAAUCCUUUGAGCAGAUCAUUCGGCUGCAACUGGACCCUGUGUGGCACCAGCUUGGAGCAAAGUCAAGACAGCUCGUGUCUGAUAUCAAAACACUCAGGCUCAUACUCAGGCACCUCACUCAGUAUGACUGUGUCACCUUCUACAACAUGGUCAACUCUGUGAAAACCAGUGAGAAGCAGUUUGGACAGAACACAGGCUGGUUGUUUUUGGAGGCUGCAGAUAACCUGUUUGUAUGUGCCAGGUUACGUUUAUAUGGAGACCAAAGAAAAAACAAGAAGCCAAAACCGGAAGUGGACACAUCAAAACCAGAGACGCCUCAGUUGGAGGUGUGUCCCAAGUGGACAGCCCUGGGGCAGGUGAUGGAGGAGAUAGCCUCCCACAACGCGCAGGCUGUCCGCGAACUUGGGCCUGGGCGUGUCCUUAUUGCAGCAGAGGAUGAUCGCACAUGUGCACAGAUCAGAGAAUAUCUUUGUGAUGGCAGUGAAAGUUUACUGGGCAGGCUGUAUAAUAAGUCUAUAGCCAGCAAGGGAGAAUACAUUGAAUAUAGCAAGAAAAAGCGUAUUGCUAAGCAACAAAAGGUCUCAGAUCAACAGACACUGACCCAGAUGGAAGGGUCAAACCAGGCGACUGAUGGGUCAGCUGAUACUCGUGCUGGUACGCCCCCAUGCUCCUCCCAGGAGGCCUAUUUCACUCUGCUGCCGGAGCCUGUCACAGUGAUACACCCCCUGCACGGCUGCUCGGACCCGUUCAGUCUGGUACGCACACUGGGCGAGGUGCAGCCAACUUACGUGGUCCUCUACGACCCAGAUAUGGAGUUUGUGAGGCAGUUAGAGGUCUACAGAGCCACCCAUCCUGACAGACCCCUGCGUGUCUACUUCCUCAUGUACGUAGGCUCAGUGGAGGAGCAGAGAUAUCUGACCAGCCUGCGCAAGGAGAAAGAGGCCUUCGAGUACCUGAUCAGGGAAAAGGGGACCAUGGUUAUCCCAGAGGAAAGGGAGGGGAAGAAUGAUACUGACCAGGCAAGGGACACAACUCCUGCUAAUGCCCCUGUGAACACUAGAAAAGGGGGACAAUCCACAGAUCCUGCAGUUAGUAAAGUUAUUGUAGAUAUGAGAGAGUUUCGUAGUGAAUUACCAUCUCUCAUACACCGUCGUGGCAUUGAGAUAGAGCCAGUAACACUUGAGGUGGGAGACUAUAUUCUGACGCCAGAGAUCUGUGUAGAGCGGAAGAGCGUGUCAGAUCUGAUCGGCUCACUCAACAAUGGCCGCCUGUACAACCAGUGUGUCUCCAUGACCAGAUACUACAAGAAACCCAUGUUGCUCAUUGAGUUCGACCCCAGCAAGCCGUUUUCUAUACAGGGCAAGUACCCGAUGUCAAGUGACGUGACUAUGCAGGAGACAACCAGUCGCCUCUCCCUGCUGACCAUCCACUUCCCAAACCUGCGCAUCCUGUGGUGUCAGAGUCCACAUGCCUCUGCAGAGAUCUUUGAGGAACUCAAGGCAGGGAAAGAGCAGCCAGAUGCUGCUACGGCAGCAGCAGUUACGGCCCUUGCUGAGGGGAUAGACUGGUCAGACAGGUACAAUCACACACCUCAGGACAUGUUAAUACGAAUGCCAGGAGUUAACUUUAAGAACUACAAGAAUAUAAUGAAUAGAGUGAGAGACAUUGCGGAGUUGUGUACCUUGUCAAUGGAGGAACUUCAAGGAAUUAUGGGUACUACCCAGAAUGCGAAGCUACUCUGGGACUUCCUGCACACAGAACAAAAUACAGAGCAGACGACAAGUGCUAGUAAACCUGAACAAAAAGCCGGCAAACGAUGGAGCAAAUCCUAUAAAAGAUGAUAGGCACGCUAUAGUUUAGUGGAUCUUAUAAUAUUUUUGCAUCUUAAUCGGUCUAGAGCUACAAUGUUUUGUUUUCACUUUAGCGACUUCUCUCUAUUCCAAAACAGAAUCUUAGAGACUUUUACAAAAGACAUUACAAACAUACCUCAAUUAUUUCUUUGGCACAAUAACAGUCCAAAUAUAAGCUAUUGUGUAGCUGUUGGUACACAUGUACGUGAAUUGAAUCUGAUAAGUAAAGUAACAGAUUUGAUUGUGCUCCUGCAUUAAUAAUAUACUAUUCUUCUUUAUCGGAUUAUAAAAUUAUCCCACAAUGUAGUUGGAAGAAUAAAAAAUUGCACUUGUCUGUUCGUCUGUCUGAACGUACAUCUGUAGGCCACGAAACUUCUAUUUUCAACCCCUCUUAAACUCCUGAGUUGAUUACGAUUUCAAAGUUCACCUUCACAGAUUUAUUACCUUCGUAUGCCCACAGGCUUGGUAUUUUGUAUAUAACAUCUAAAGAAGAAGAAUUCUUAAUUUCCUCAAAUCUUGACUCUGUGGUCCAAACAGCCCCGCCAUGCUUGUGACUUGAUUUACUUAUAUGGAACGAAAAUGUUUAUUAAUGCUUCAAAGAUAACUGUAUUUGAAUUCAUGUGAGGGAUUCAGAGCCAUCAAGGCCACUUGCAUGUUUUGUUAUCUGUUUCAUGUUUUGUUAUCUGUUUCGUGUUAUUUUCAUACACAAUAAAUGAUAAUCAAUGAAAAUACACAAUACAUUAAGUUU